AUGCCGAAGCAUAGCUCCUCCAGUAAACACAAGUCGAAGCACGAUGGCGGUGGUGGUAGCCCCUGGAGUGACUGGGUGUGGUCGGCCGAGUAUUCAAAGUACUACUGCUACCGCAUGAAGCGGAAUGGCGAGACCGAGUACAAGUGGGACGAGGGGGCGUCGAGUGCCCAGCCUCAGGACGAGGCCGCACCUCGCCAGCAGGCCGAGAUAGACAUCCAGCAUGGGCUGGACGACUUGUCCUUGUCAGACACUCCCGACAGCGGUUAUGGCUAUGCGUACGGGUCACAGGCCGGGAGUAGUCAUGAUACGACGAAGAGGAGCAAACGCUCAAAAGACCAGCCGACUGAGUACGCCGAAGCCGAGCCCGACCCUUCAGGCGAUCCACCCCCAACUCCGGAUGAGGUUCCGCCUCUAGACCCUUUCUUCGGCGCGCAACAGGAGACCACACAGUCAGCCUAUGAAGCAGAGUCAGAGCCACUUGCUACUGAUACAAACACGGCAUACUCGACAGACUAUGCGCAAGCCGAUGCCUACCAGGGCGAUCCUCAACAGGACUUUGCACCGGAGGAGAUUGAGGCCAUGCGAGCGAGCGACUCCCAUAAUUUUGGCUACGCGAAUGAAGGUGAAUCGUCUACCGAUUCGGGAUACGGGGCCUACUCGCCAGAAGAGGACGACGAUGGUACGGUCACGCCAAAAGCACUGGGGGGGCCUGUCGGUGCCCAAGAGCUCGCCGCCUAUGGGGAGAGACUGGAUCCUCGCUACAGAGUCGAACCGUCGAGCAAGUUUAAGCCUGGAGCAAUCUUCAAAAUCGUGUGGUCCGAACCUCGAGGUAGCACAGCGCAAGCGGCACCGACCAUGUCGGACAAGCAGUCAAUGAAGGAUCCGUGGGGCGGCCACUUCCACGUCGGACCCCGAAGGUUCAUCGUGGUCGCAACCGACGAGGGCCACUCGACCUGCGUGCCGAUUCUCACGUACGGAGGCAGAGGCUGCAGAAAGAGCGGCGUGAAGCCCCUCAAACACGGCGUCAUCCACGAGCGGAACCGCAGCGCCUACAAGCUCCCGAGAGAACCGGAACUCGGAUUCCCCCCGGUGAAAGCCAGGCUCAACAUUGAGGGCGAGCGGCUUUCGAAAGAGUCGCGCGUCAACUACGCAAAACUCACCACGAUUGAACACAACAUCAAGGUCUUCUUCAUCGGCAGCAUCGUAAAGGAUGAAAUCCCCACCAUCAGGGCGAAUGUCGACUACUGCUGGGAGCAAAAGUUGUAA